AUGGAAGAAGGUUAUUACAAGUGGCUCAACAAACUCAAACUUAGCAAAAAGGUGGAAACGUUUUGGUGGAGACUUGGCAAUGCUUCUAUUCCAACCAAUUUAUAUCUUAAGAACCAAAAGCUUUUUGAUGAGGAUGCUUGUGCGAGAGGAUGUGAUAUGGUGGAAGAUUAUGAGCAUAUUAGUGUCAAUUGCAAACACUUGGUGGACAUCAUCAAUCAACUCAAUGCUUGGGGUAUUCUUAUUCCUACUUUUAACUCCUUGGAUCAUUGUUUAACUGAACUUAAACAAAUUUCUGGUAAAAAUCUGGGAGUGGUACAGAUUUAUUGUACCAUUGUUUACUUCUCUUGGAAGAAUAGGAACGAGAUAAAGCAUGGAAAAUCUGCUCUUCCUUAUUAUGCUGUAGCUGCUAAUGCUUUAUUUGUAGCCAUCACUAAAGCUACGUCUUAUCUUUCUUACUGGAGCACUAAUCUCCUUAGGGAGUCUUCUAUUUCUUGGUGCCCCCCACCGAAAGAUUGGAUGAAAAUCAAUGUUGAUGCUUCAUUAACUCCUUCGGGACUAGCUGGUAUUGGUGGAAUCUUCCGAGAUUGCUUUGGGAGAUUCAUUGAUACAUUGGGAUAUUGCUCAUUUGGAGUUGGAUGCUAUACUCUCGGUCAAAGAUUAUGUCAAAAGCUGGAUGAAAGAUUACAAAGGAGUCAUUAUUGA